AUUUUAUCUUUUACAAAACCAUUAUUUGAAGAUUGACUGAGACCUACAGAGAGAACAUGGGAAUUUCAGUCAAGUGCUUGUUUUCUUCCUUUCUUACAUGAAUCAACUGAGGUCUAAGGGAGAGGGAUAGGCAGUUAGGCAGACCUCUUGGGUACGGCAAAUAAACUGGCGGCAUCAAUAGGAUAAGGCACGGAACAGGGCAUCCAUCAUAAGGGAAGGAACAGUUCAAAAAGAGCAAAGAGGGAGAGACACAGUCGGUACGCCGACGAAAAGUGUGAAUUGUAGCUGCUUCUUCUCCCCUACUAUUUAUCCCUGUGAAGUGUGAAACUAUCACCGUUUAGCCUCAACCAGGCAAGACGUUUGAUUGGCAUCUCUUAUGUCUAGGGCUUUAGGCACUGACUCUUUUGGGUUUCCUUUUCUGAUACUUCGUUAGGCGAUGAUAAAAAAGGAACGCAAGGCUCUGUUUGGAAUGAAAUGUUGAUACACAAGGGGGAUAUUCUUUCUGAACAAUCCCUAAAAUGGAAGAUUUCAGUCCAAAGAUAUUGGCCAAAGGGCUUCCAUUUCCAUUACUGCUCCUUCAUCUUCUAAAGUGGAAAAGCAAUAUGAACCCGCCAUAUUGGCUUUGUCAGAAAGCCACAGUAGAAAGGUAUUUACUAGUCAGUUACUGAAAGAGGAGGAAUAGUACAAUGUCUCUCUGAAUCCAAGUAAGAGGAGGAAUAGUACAAUGUCUCUCUGAAUCCAAGUGGCUUAGCAAAGUAAUCACUGUUGAGUAGGAAUAAAUUAUAGGCCGUGAAGUUGGUGCAGCGGGCUGGACUACAGGUUGAGCGUAUGCCUGGGAACAAGUGCAAUUGUAAUUCUGCCAUCCCCACAACUAGAGUGGAAAGACUCUUGAGACAACGAGAACUAAGGAAAAUUAACAGGACACAUUGGCCAAAUGAGGAAUCAGGUGAUGUUAGCAAGGAGUGUGAGAUACUAGAGCAUGAAUUGAGCCUGAAAGAUAGUAACUGGGGAAUUACCAAUGAAGAAGAGUUCCUGGAUGCGAGUGCAGCAGCAAAAGCGCUCCGUGAGGGAUGUGAAAGGCAGGGCAGCCGGCCUCCGAAACAACGACUUUUGGUGGUGGCUAACAGGUUGCCAGUAUCCGCAGUUAGGAAGGGUGAGGACUCAUGGUCAUUGGAGAUGAGUGCAGGUGGUCUAGUCAGUGCCCUUCUGGGUGUGAAAGAUUUUGAGGCCAAAUGGAUUGGUUGGGCUGGUGUGAACGUACCAGAUGAGGUUGGGCAGAGGGCACUUACUAAAGCACUGGCUGAGAAGAGGUGCAUCCCUGUUUUCCUUGAUGAAGAGAUAGUUCAUCAAUAUUAUAAUGGCUACUGCAACAAUAUCUUGUGGCCUCUUUUCCAUUACCUUGGACUUCCACAAGAAGAUCGCUUAGCUACCACUCGUAGUUUCCAGUCUCAGUUUGAUGCAUAUAAGAGGGCCAAUGAAAUGUUUGCUCAUGUGGUAAAUGAGCAUUAUGAAGAGGGUGAUGUUGUUUGGUGCCAUGAUUAUCAUCUGAUGUUUCUUCCUAAAUGCCUAAAGGAGCAUAACAUCAACAUGAAAGUUGGGUGGUUUCUCCACACACCCUUCCCUUCAUCAGAGAUUCAUAGGACGCUGCCAUCUCGAUCAGAGUUGCUAAAAUCUGUUCUUGCUGCGGAUUUAGUUGGUUUCCAUACAUAUGAUUAUGCCAGGCACUUUGUCAGUGCUUGUACUCGCAUUCUCGGGCUUGAGGGUACACCUGAAGGAGUAGAGGAUCAAGGGAGGCUUACACGGGUGGCUGCUUUUCCUAUUGGGAUAGAUUCUGAAAGAUUUAUUCGAGCUCUCGAACUUCCACAAGUCCAGGAUCACAUCAGGGAAUUGAAAGAAAGAUUUUCUGGCCGAAAGGUUAUGUUAGGUGUUGACCGUCUUGAUAUGAUUAAAGGAAUUCCACAAAAGAUAUUGGCAUUUGAAAAAUUCCUUGAAGAAAAUGCAACUUGGCGUGAAAAAGUAGUUUUACUUCAAAUUGCUGUGCCUACAAGGACAGAUGUUCCAGAGUAUCAAAAACUCACAAGCCAAGUUCAUGAAAUUGUUGGGCGCAUUAAUGGCAGAUUCGGUAGUUUGACAGCUGUUCCCAUACAUCACCUGGACCGAUCGCUUGACUUUCAUGCAUUAUGUGCACUAUAUGCAGUUACUGACAUAGCACUUGUGACAUCUUUGAGGGAUGGAAUGAAUCUUGUCAGCUAUGAGUUUGUCGCAUGCCAGGAUUCAAAGAAAGGAGUUUUAAUUCUUAGUGAAUUUGCUGGAGCUGCACAGUCCCUUGGUGCUGGAGCUAUCCUAGUAAACCCAUGGAAUAUCACAGAAGUUGCUAGUGCAAUUGGUCAAGCUUUAGAUAUGAACGCUGAGGAUAGAGAAAAACGGCACCGUCAUAACUUUAAUCAUGUGACGACCCACACUGCUCAAGAUUGGGCUGAGACCUUUGUGAGUGAACUGAACGAUACCAUUAUUGAAGCUCAAUUAAGGAGAAGAAAAUUUCCAAAUUUACUUCCAGUUGAAGAUGCAAUAAAUCAUUACUUGCAGGCCCAGAACCGCUUACUCAUACUGGGAUUCAAUGCAACCUUAACCGAACAAGUGGAUACUCCUGGUGGGAGAGGGGGUGAUCAAAUUAAAGAAAUGGAACCUAAAUUGCACCCAGACUUGAAAGAGCCCUUGGAAACUCUGUGCAAUGAUCCGACGACAACAAUUGUUGUUCUCAGUGGAAGUGAGAGGAAGGACCUAGACAAAAACUUUGGAGAAUACAACAUGUGGUUAGCAGCAGAGAAUGGAAUGUUUUUACGUCUUACGAAGAAAGAAUGGAUGACAACAAUGCCAGAGCAUCUAAACAUGGAUUGGGUUGACAGUGUGAAGCAUGUUUUUGAAUAUUUCACGGAAAGAACACCUCGAUCUCAUUUGGAAGCUCGUGAGACUUCACUUGUAUGGAAUUAUAAGUAUGCAGAUGUUGAAUUUGGAAGGCUUCAAGCAAGAGAUUUACUGCAGCACCUGUGGACAGGGCCCAUUUCUAAUGCAGCUGUUGAUGUUGUCCAAGGAAGUCGAUCGGUUGAGGUCAGAUCAGUGGGUGUAACGAAGGGUGCAGCAAUUGAUCGCAUCUUAGGUGAGAUAAUCCAUAGCAAAAAUAUGCAAACACCAAUUGAUUACGUCUUGUGCAUUGGACAUUUUCUGGGGAAGGAUGAAGACAUCUAUACAUUUUUUGAGCCAGAGCUUCUGGCAGAGCCAUCGGGUGCUGCAAGAGCCAAAGUAAGUGAUGCAGUCAAGACAUCUGUAGACAGACGUUCUUCACCGAAGCUGCCAGUGAGUAAAACUGGGCCAAGGGCAUCUCAGGGUAGGACUCAGCGGAAUUCUUCAACCAAUGAGAAGAGAACCAAUCAUAGCAGUGGUAAUUCAUGGCGGUCACCGCAGGAAGGUAUACCCUGGCAUGAGGGUUCCGUACUGGAUCUCAAAGGAGAGAACUACUUUUCCUGUGCUGUUGGGCGCAAGAGCUCGAAUGCGCGCUAUCUCCUUAACUCGACAGAUGAGGUCGUCAAGUUUCUGAAGGAUUUGGCUGUAGCACUGUCUAAAUAGUUAAAGACACUAUUGCUCUCACUAUCUCAGUUCAUUUUCCAAAUUUUAACAACCUUACCGCUGAAUCUCAAAUGCAUGGCAGCUCAGUUUCUUUC